AGUUCUUCUUUUUUAAAAAAAUAUCCACCACAUACUACUCCCAAGGCUUAAGUUUUUUUUCAUUAUUCGUUCGUUGCAAUAAUCAAUCUGUACAACCUAUGAUCACAUAAUAAAAAUCGCUUUCUGCUCCGCGAACAACAUUGCCGAACGCAGCUGAUAUGUCUAUGCUCAUAUCAGUAAUACAUAACCUAAAUUAUCUUCUUAUUCUGUGUUAUUUAAUAAUAGGCCAAAAUAUUAUUUGAUUUUAUAUUUAAAAACUUAUUCGUGAAUUUCUAAUAAUCAAGAAUGAUUGACGAAGCCGAUGCGUUAUUAGACUUGGCCUCAAUACAUGCCGAUCCGCCUUUAAUGAGAGAUGUUUGUUCCGAUUGCUACCGUCCGUCAACAGUUUGUUAUUGUAAAUGGUUACCAGUUCCUCGUAUGUACCCAAAGAGUCGAAUAAUAUUAUUACAACACCCAGCAGAAGAGAAGAGGUGCCUUAGGACAGCUACUAUGUUAGAAUUAUCUCUACACCCGUCUAAAUGCCUCGUUUUCAAAGGAAAGCGAUUUCCAGGAAAAUACAGUGUUUUAGAAGAAAUUUUAAAUACUCCAGAUACAAUUUUAUUAUAUCCCAGUCGUACAGCAGUAGAUAUACGCGACGUGGUUGUAAAUGAAGUAAAAUCUUACAAUAUAGUACUGAUAGACGGUACUUGGCCUCAAGCUAAAGCAAUUUACACCGGUAGUCCAAUUUUACACUCCCUUAAACAAGUGAAAAUUCUUGAUAAUGAUACUAGUAACUACAUAAUCAGAACGCAACCCGCAGAUGGUUGUUUGAGUACUAUAGAAACUGCCGCGUUAACCUUGGGACUUUUAGAAAAAGACGAUAGUUAUAAUGAUAAGUUGUGUAAACCUCUUAAAGCAAUGUGUGACUUUCAAUUACAAAACGGUGCGGUAUCUCAUCAAAGUAAAGAAUUUCGGAUAAAAAAUAACACUUAUCCAAAGUUGAUAGGAAAACGGCUGAAUAAGAUACUAAAGGAUGCUGAAUAUAUGAGAAACGACUGUGAUAAUAAAUAUAAUGAAUAAAAAUAGAGUAUAAUAACACUAAUUGUUAAUAAUAUAACUAUAAAUUAUUUCAACUCCUUUGAAUACAAAAUAACCUUACACAUGACCUACAAUUUCUGGUUAUCGGAGAUUAAUUCGUAUUGGUGACUUCCUACAACUUUUUUAAAAAGUUUGAAAGUACAAUUGGUAUUUUAUAUAGAUAUCACAUCCAGGAAUUUCAGGAUACGUUGUACCUUUAUAUCAACAAUUAUACAAUUUGGUCCUCCAAGCCGUGCAUAUAUCGUUCAUAUCCGGCUCGAAGAACCAGAAAGUUUUCUGGUAAAUUUAGUUGUUAUAAACAGUAUGUUCAGCACGAUUGGCAUAGUCGCGUGGUAAUAAAAUAUGAAUUCUUCCAAGUCUGUGAUACUAUCUGUUGAGACAUUUUAUUUUAAGUUGAAUUUCUUUAACUUUUAAACCAGCAUUAUUAUAUAUAUUUAUUAAAUAUUUUCGAACGCCC